AAUCAAACUGUCCUGGGAUAAAAUGGCCCAGGAUCACGAAAUGCUCCAACUGCUGUUGAGAUCCGGAGCGAUGUGGGCAUCCAGCCUCAACAUCCCUUGGUUCCUUGCCGGAGCCGGCGUAGGCGUACCGGCUGCCGUGGGGACUGUGACCACCGGAAACAGCAAGCUUUUGAGUCUGGCGACAACCUUAGGGGGCGUGUUGGGCGGCGUCGCGGCCGACCGACUUUCGACCACGAUUUCGGGGGGCUUGGCGGGCAACGAUGUCGGCGGCGGCGGCGGCGGCGGUUGCGAAUUCACCUGCUACGACGUCCUCACGAAGGGCGUGGGGCCGGCCUGCCUCCUGCUCGUCGUGCUCAGCAGGACCAUCCGCUCGGAGCCCUCGGUGGCCGUCAAGCCUGCCGCCGCCGUUGCCCUCGCUGCCCUGCUCCUGGAGCCCCUCUUCAGCGCCUACGUCCUCGGGGGCGGGGGUGCCAGCAGCACCGUCGCCCCCGCCGCCGCUACCGCUACCGCUACCAGAUCCGGCUUGGCCCGCUUGCUCCUGCUCCGCGACGUUCCACACCGCGUCUUGGGUCAGAUCGGCGGCGGCGGGGGGCGGAGGAGGAGCGCCGCGGCAGCGGCGACGGCGGCUUCGGCUUCGGCGGCGGCGGCGGCGGCAGCGCUGGUGGCCCGGGCACGCUGGCUGACGGCGGGCGCGCAGCUGGUGCUUUGGGCGGCCGUGGUCCUGGCCUACGCGAACGUGUCGCUGCGGCUCUCCCGGGGUCCCCCCGGGAGGACAGUGGGCGGUUACAUGUCUGCCCUGCGCUCCCUCGCGGCCAAGAAGCGCGGCACCGGCGGCUGGGUGAGGAUAGACCAGUGGGGCACCGGCGGGGGCGGGGGGGGCGGCGGUUGUGACGGAAGCGGCGGAGGCGGCGGCGGGGGGGCGCGAGCGAAUGGCUUGCUUGGGUCUCUGUACGAGACGCUGAUGGGUGGGGGAGGGUGGGGGGUAGGCGGUCGCACCUGCUCCGAGGCUAUGGCGCUUAGUCAGCAUCAGAAGAGCUACGAUGGCCCCCCGUUCGAACGGGGUGAGGUGACGGUCCGCAGCAUCUACUGCUCCGGACUCGAUGCCGCCAUCACCGGCCGGCCUCCCUCCAACGGCAACAGCGGCGGCGGUGCCGGCGGUGGUUUCGCGGGAGGGGCCGAUGGUGGCGGCGGGCUUAUCGCCGGGGGUUCGUCUCGCCCGUUUUACGUGACGGUAUCGCUGGGGGGCUUGACGGCGAAGACGUCGGCACGGCAGGGGUUCGCUCCGAGGUUCACGGAGGUUUUUCCUCUGGGGUGCGACUGUCCGAUCAGGGGGGCGUAUCUCACCAUUGCCGUUGUAGACAGUGGACGCGGUGACCGUGUUGUUGGCGAGGUACACCUCCCCCUUGAGGCGGCGCAACUAGUUCCCGGGACGUCCGGCCUCGAUGACAACGCUGACAUGUUUUCCUCCUCGUCGUCCGGCGGCGGUUGGGACGGGAGCAGCGGGCCCGCCUACCGUCUCCGCGGGGACUGGGAGCUACAGGGCGCUCUGGGGGGACCGCUCUGCGGUGCCAGGGUGGGGGCGGACAUCAUGGUGCACGGCCCGCCGUCGCCGAGCUCGGCCGCGGGCCGGCUGAGGAGGAGGAGGAGGGAGUCGGUCGGGUGGUAUGCUCGGUAAGAUUGGUAGGCCAACGUCCACACACAUUCAGCUCAGGCGAGCAGGAGGAGGAAGGAGUCGGUGGUAUCUGCGCUCGUUGAGGUUGGAAGACGAACGUCCACGAAAUCGGCUCAUUCUGCCAGAAGGAAGGCUGAAGAAAACGGUUAGGGAAUCGGUUUGAGUAUAAGUAGGCCAUGGUCUACACAAUGGACUGGACUGAAAGCAGGCGGGGGCAGAGGAAGCUGUUUAUGGUCACCGGCCUUUGCCUGUGUGGCCGGACGAGGAGAGACUACUGUCGAGAAGGACACGGGAAAAGAAGGAGAGGAGGCCGGACAAAUUCGGGGCUAGCAGGACUUGGAGAAGAAAGGGCGUCCGUGUGGCGGGGGGUGCGACACUCGGAGGUGCUAGGCUAGGCUCCAUUCCCUCGACUCAAGCCGGUUGAUUAAGAUUCGCCUGGUUAUCGAAGCAGAUACGAGGGUGUGCCAGUUUUUGGCUAGUCCAGACCAGUCGAAAGAAGCCGUUGUGGUUUGUUGAUCUUGCCGAGGCUGCGCGUCUAUCCUGACCCCGAUGGCUGGUGGUUGGCAACGCUCUGAACUAUGGCGGCGUCAAACAUCGCUGGGUGCCAUCGAUCGGUGGAUGGUAUUGUGUGUUUGGUGGCUGUGAAGAAUGACCGUGUACAUUAUAUGGAUCCCGGUUGAAGUACUGUAGAUAGAUACGUGUGAUGAAAGCGAUAUGUGGCUGGCGGGGGGCGACUAGAGAGUGAUAGUGUACUCCGAAAGAUGCAAGCCGACGACCAACGUUGUCCUAAGCACACGUUUUGCAUAUCUAGUGCAGGGUUUGAAGGAGAGCGAGUGCAAAGACCUAGUGCCCUGAUGCGAUUGAACAACCCCCAACAUUAAUGUCUGCAUGUGAGGUGACGUGCUACAUGUUGUGGUCGCAUGUACUGGGAUGCACGUACAAAGUGAAGCCGAUGCCUCUUCGAUGAAACUCAAAUCAGUCAUGCACUGCUUUUUGCGUGGAGAAACAAGCAUAAUUGUGCUUUUUUCGUAGUCAAAUUUUUCUCGUUUUUGGAACGACCUCCCUUCGAGUUCCUCUUUGGAUACCCAACGAAGGUAUGAACGUGUUUCUUCGUGCGUGAACCCUUGUGGAUGGUGUAAGUAGGUGUAACAAGGGACUUGGUGUGUGCCGCCGAGAAGGAUGUGCCUAUCAGUAGCAGCAUUGCUUUAUAGAGACGCACUUUUUGCUUUCAUCUGCUUGCUGCUUUCGCGUAAGCCGUGCGUAAGGCGGAAGGGACAUUCUGGCGGCAUGUCUUGGUUCAGUCUAAGCAGCCCAGAGCAAAACCGUGUUUCGACUGCCCGGCCGCCAGCCUUGCGCGACCUCUCGGAGCCACUUCACUUUCGUACGGCCCUUGCUAGAGUUGGUGUGGUUGUGAGCAGAGGAAAAAUAUCGGACGUACGGUGGUUGCGACGAGCAAUGAAUCGAACAAUCCGUUGGUGAGGAACAGAUACACAGCGUGGCUUGCUUGCUGUGGACAAGAUCACUUCAU